AUAUAAUCAGUUCAAUCACAGGAGAUGUCAUUUGUUAAUUUCAAGAUGGCUCUAGCCAGGUUUACGAUAAUAAUAUCUUUAUUACUAUAUAAUCAAGGAAUACAUGGACAACAAAGUGGUUCGAAAAGUGACUCAUCAAAUGGACAAAACAAUUAUGGUCAAAUAGUCAAAAGUAAUCAAGAAAAUUUGAUACAAAAUAAAAUUGGAAAUUCAGGAAAUUUAGCAACUAAUCUUAAUGCUAACGGUGAAGUUCAUUUUCAAUCUUUGACUCCACAAUCAAAAAUAUCUACUCAAUCAACUCCUUCAUUGCAACAACCACAGAGUAUUUCACAACCUUUAAAUGUUCAGUUUUCCCAGAUACCUAAUUUUCAAAAUGCAAUAACUGUUCAACCAUCUUUACAGUUUGAUACGUCGUUUUUACAACAACCACUACAGUCAGCUGGCAUACAGAAAACUCAGAAUAAUAUGCCACAGCAACAAAACGUUUACAAAAUACCAUUAAAUAUACAGCCUUUUAAGCAGUUAAAUGCCCAACAACCCUUAAAUUAUAAUAUACAACAACAAUUUCCCAUUGCAAAUUCUGUAGUACAACAAACUCCUGUUCAAAGUCCUACCGGUGCAUAUAUCCCAAACGCUUCAUACACGUCUACUUUUCCUUCUGUCUCAAAUUGUCCAUUCCAACGUGCAGACGCUGUUAAUAAUUUAGGCGUAAAGUACUUACCGCCAACUGCAAGUGCAUAUUCUAUUAAAGAAGCACCACAAAUUUCGACAUCUUAUUCUACAUCACCAGUCAUGGCAGUAUUAUCAACACCAACUCCAAUACCUCUAGUAACUCAUUCUGCCAUGCCAUAUGGAAACCAAAUUUCAGAUAUUAUCGAAAGCCCGUUACGAAUAUCUAAUAAUUUUUUCAUAGACGACGAAGAAAAUAAUCUCAAUCAAGAUAGAUUUAUGUCUGCACUAAUGUCAAUUAUACAAUCACCAAAAAAAUCUGCAAUUGCUUCUGCAAACCCUUAUUUACAGACUUAUGCAAAGCAAGGAACAAAAUCAUCUACCCUAAAAUCUUUAUUGCCUUUAAUUUUCAACUUAUUAAGUGAAAAACGAGAAGGUUGUGGUUGUUGUGAAGGCUGCCAAAAUUGUGAACAAAAAAAGAAAACUAAAAAAGAUACUGAGCCUAAAGUAUACGGUGGAUAUUCAAAAAACAAGGAUUACAGCCUCAAAGAUGAAAUGUUCCAGAAAGAUAGAUCAGAAGAGGAUAUUCCUAGAAUGGUCAGGGAACAUAAGAAUGCAAAAAAAUUAAAAAACUCAAUUCCCAUUGAUAGUUGUGAAGACGAGAGUACAGAGUAUGGCGAUUGUUUUGAGGAUGAAGAUUAAGCAUUAUUUCGAUAACAUGAUAUUUAAAAAAAUAAUUUAUUUUUGUUAAUAAAAUAUUUAAAAGUUUGA